AUGCUGCCCUUUGAGAAGCAGGACUUUCACAGGCCAAGCGCAGAGACAGAGUGCAUUAUGGGCUGCGGGCUGAAGAAGAUGAAGCCCGUGUCGGGGGAGCAGAGUCCGGGGAAGAUCUACUCCACCCUGAAGAGGCCCCAGGUGGAGACCAGGGUGGGACCGGCCUACACGUACCGCUACCUGGACUUCCUCAUCGGCAAAGACGCUGCAGUGGAAAUGUUCUGA